CGCAGAUCCACAGAGAGAGAGAGCACAGAAGAAACCCUCCUCUGCACCGACAAGGCAACUUGCAUCAUCUGAAGAUGAGAUCCCUCAGUGUGGUUGUCGUUGGGGUUGUGUUGCUCUGUGUUGGCACUGGAGCUCUGGGUGUGCAGGUGAAGGUCGGAGACAGGAGCUUCCCCCUUGAGGCGGUGAAGCAGCUGAAGGAGCUGAUGGAUUUAAAUGAAGACCUCAACCCUCGCCUCGCCGAGACAAGUGUCACGGCGGCUUGUGAGAACCCUCUGCUGCCUCAGGUCUUUCAGCCAGUUUGCCAGGGGAGGGGCACAGGCACUGUUUUCUCCCGACUAGUGUAUAUCAUCACACCUUCGGAUCCCUGUGAGAUAUGUGCCAACCCCUCCUGCUUCGGGUGUCUGAACUGAGGCCGCCACCGGCAAAACACGCAACAUUCCGGAUUUUAAAAGUUUUGUUUCAAAUGUUUUGGUAGAUUUGGUUUCCUGUAAAGUGUCUAACAGGUGUUCUAGUAAUCUGGAGUUUUCAAAUUGCUUUCAUAUUGAAUUUUUUUAUUUAUUGAGUCUAUUGCAGCCUCUUCAGAAUAAAAAAAUGAAUCUAUUCUUUGCACAAUAGAAA